AAACUAAGAGAAGAACUAGUCAAGCUCAAAUCAUUUGCACUGAUGCUGGUGGAUGAAAGACAAAUGCAUAUUGAACAGCUUGAUCAACAAAGCCAGAAAAUACAGGACUUAAAUCAAAAACUAAAGGAAGAAGAAGAGAAGCUUAAAAUUAUUAGUGCAAAAACAAAAGAAGAUGGACAAAAACUGAUGAAGUUAGAGGCAGAACUUGAGCGCAAAACAUCAUCAUUUUCUCAAGAACAUGAGGAGAUGACUGCUAAACUGGCUAAUCAAGAGUCACAUAAUAGACAGCUCAGGCUUAAGCUAGUGGGGUUGACUCACAGAAUAGAGGAGCUAGAAGAAACUAACAAAAACCUUCAAAAAGCAGAGGAGGAACUUCAAGAACUGAGAGAUAAAAUAGCAAAAGGGGAAUGUGGGAACUCUAGCUUAAUGGCAGAAGUGGAAAACCUCCGCAAGCGUGUUCUUGAAAUGGAGGGGAAAGAUGAAGAGAUCACAAAAACUGAAUCCCAGUGUAAAGAGCUGAAAAAUAAACUGCAAGAGGAAGAGCACCAUAGCAAAGAGUUGAAACUUGAAGUGGAAAAAUUGCAGAAAAGAAUGACAGAACUAGAGAAGCUGGAAGAGGCUUUCAGUAAAAGUAAGUCUGAAUGCACCCAGCUACACUUAAACUUGGAGAAAGAAAAGAAUUUGACUAAGGAUUUGAUAAAUGAGUUGGAAGUGGUGAAGACUCGAGUAAGAGACCUUGAGGCAUCAGAAAGCAAGUUGGAAAAGGCUGAAAUAAGCUUAAAAGAUGAUCUUACGAAGCUGAAGUCCUUUACUGUAAUGUUGGUUGAUGAACGAAAAAAUAUGAUGGAAAAAAUAAAACAGGAGGAAAAAAAGGUUGAGGGUUUAAACAAGAAUUUUAAAGUCGAACAAGGGAAAGUUAUGGAUGUAACAGAGAAGCUGAUAGAAGAAAGUAAGAAAUUUUUGAAACUGAAAUCCGAAAUGGAAGAAAAAGUGUCUAGUUUGACAAAGGAAAGGGAUGAGUUAAUUGGCAAACUCAGAAGUGAAGAGGAAAAAUCCUCUGAACUAAGCUGUAGAGUUGACCUGUUAAGGAAAAGAAUUGAUGGUAUAGAGGAGGUAGAAAGAGAAAUUACAAGAGGUCGAGCCAGGAAAGGACCAGAGCAUGGUUGUCAUGAAGACAACAAGAUUAAAGAACUUACUGUUGAAAUUGAAAGACUGAAAAAACGUCUCAAACAGUUGGAAGUGGUUGAAGGAGAUUUAAUGAAGACAGAAGAUGAGUAUGAUCAGCUAGAGCAGAAAUUUAGGACUGAGCAGGACAAAGCGAACUUUCUUUCUCAACAGCUGGAGGAGAUGAAGCUCCAGAUUGCCAAAACCAAAGCAAUAGAAAAAGGUGAAGCAGUGAGCCAGGAGGCAGAGCUGAGGCACAGGUUUCGUCUGGAAGAGGCCAAAAGCAGAGAUUUGAAAGCAGAAGUCCAAGCUCUUAAGGAAAAAAUCCAUGAGCUGAUGAACAAAGAAGACCAGCUUUCUCAGCUCCAAGUCGAUUAUUCGGUUCUGCAACAAAGGUUUAUGGAAGAAGAAAAUAAAAACAAGAACAUGGGGCAGGAAGUUAUGAACCUAACAAAAGAGCUGGAGCUUUCUAAGCGUUACAGCCGUGCUCUGAGGCCCAGCAUAAACGGGCGAAGAAUGGUCGAUGUUCCCGUGACGUCUACCGGCGUGCAAACAGAUGCUGUAAGCAGUGAAGCAGCAGAAGAAGAAACUCCAGCAGUGUUUAUAAGGAAAUCCUUCCAGGAGGAAAAUCACAUCAUGAGCAAUCUGCGACAAGUAGGUCUGAAAAAACCCAUGGAGCGUUCUUCAGUGCUGGAGAGAUAUCCUCCAGCAGCAAAUGAACUCGCAAUGAGGAAGUCUUGGAUACCGUGGAUGAGGAAGAGGGAAACUGGGGCUCAGGCAACUCCUGAUAAAGGACCCCGCAGCCAUGGUAGUCCAGCACACCCGGGGGAGGUUGUCCUUUCACCAAAGCAGGGUCAACCUCUUCAUAUUCGGGUGACACCAGACCACGAGAACAGCACAGCUACUUUGGAGAUAACCAGCCCCACCUCAGAGGAAUUUUUUUCGAGUACCACUGUCAUUCCUACUUUGGGAAAUCAGAAGCCACGAAUAACCAUCAUUCCCUCUCCAAAUGUUAUGCCCCCAAAAGGGAAAGGCAAUGAAAGUCCCAUGGGCCCAGAUCGCUCUAUGUCUCCAGUCACUAUAACAACAUUCUCCAGGGAAAAGUCCCCAGAGGGAGGGAGAGCACCCUUCGCCGACAGACCGACAUCACCCAUUCAGAUUAUGACAGUAUCGACAUCUGCAGCACCAGCAGAAAUCUCUGUCUCUCAGCAGUCACAAGAUAUGACCAUGGGAAGGGCUGUCUUCAAAGUAACACCGGAAAAACAAACCGUCCCGACUCCAAUCCGCAAGUACAAUGCCAACGCCAACAUUAUCACAACAGAAGACAACAAAAUCCACAUCCACUUAGGUUCCCAGUUUAAACGCUCUCCCAGCGCUGCACCUGACGGUGCGAGUCCUGUGAUAACAGUCAGACCGGUGAACAUUGCAGCAGAGAAAGAAGUUGUGACCGGUACCGUCCUUCGGUCGCCCCGGAACAGCCUGUCCUCGCGACCUGCACCAAGCAAGGUGACAAGCACUAUAACCAUAACGCCUGUUACAACGUCUUCCACCCGGGGGACACAGUCAGUGACAGGACAGGAUGGGUCAUCCCCGAGACCUACGCCCACCCGCAUUCCUGUGUCAAAAGAGAGUGUCAUCAUUCACCAGUUACGCAUGAACUCUAGAUGAGUUACCGCCCCACUAUAUGCUCUCUGUGUGCACUACCCUUCUUGCCAGUUGGACGGAUCACUGUUGAAGCUCUCUACCAUCGACACCAGGGUCACUUGUGCUACUGAUUAUUCGUGGAAGUAUUUAUCGCUUCCAUGAGAUUUUAUAUAUUUUUUUCUUGGUAGAGCUUUAAGGAUGAAGGGCCUUGCUGAUAUUUUGGAAGUACAGAGUCAGAGAGAGAGAGAGCAGCAGUCUUUCUGCCAGCUGAAUUUCACUUUCAUUUGCAAAUCCUAAGGCACGUGCUUGAUUUUGUUUGAUGUUUGCCAUAUAAUUUAUUUUUAUAAUACACUUUGUAAAGUCACUGUCCUGAAGUUGCAAUUCCUGUUGUCCAUGGCGCAUUUAUUUGUAGAAUACA